AUGCCGCGAAUGAGUGAAGUUGACAGGAUUAGGGUCAUUGCUUUGAUAAUACAGAGUCAUAUGCAACGUCUUGUUGUCCAGCAAUAUGGUGUACAUGAGACAACAAUAUCCCGCUUAGUUGCGCGUCUCAGAACCACAGGGAGAUUUAGAUAUCGUCCCAGGUCGGACACCCUCGCGUUCCGUUCCAACGUCAAAAUAGAGGCAUGCGUCUCUGGCACCUCAGUAACCAAUUUUAGACGGCGGCAGAGACGACACGUCCUCCCUAUUAUCCAACAACGUAAACUAACGCUGCGGCAGGACGAGAGGCUCCAUGCUGCUAGGGACUAUAAACACCUUGAUGGGGUCAAGGUUAAGGCAAGAGCAGCGACUAAAGCCAGGGUGUUGACCACAACUGCAGUUUCACCUUCCACGUUAGAGCUAAAUGCUACAGCAUUAGGCACGAAUAUAGAAGCAAAAUUGUGCCCAGUUUUUGACGAUGGAAUAAAUAUUACGUGUCUUAUGGACUAUGGCGACGAAACUGGAAGGUCAUACUGUGAAAUGGACGCAGCAAACAUCGCAUGUACAUCACACCUGUAUAGUGUUGCGGGGUAUUAUACCAUGUGGUCCCAUUGUCUUUCAACAGACAUACAUCUGAACGAUUCGACAACCAUAUAUGUGGGCAACAAGAUUUUCAACAUGGUGGCCUUGGUUGAUGACAAGAUGUUCGUCCCACUAACUACAAACGGCACCGCGACGUUAACCAUUAAAUACGAGCUGGGCACUGAUGUUUUCCUAAACAUAACCAACGCCGUUACCGGUGAACCGAUUUACUCCGGUAAUUCCACGGGUUUUACCGAGACAAAAGUAAUUACUCCGGCUGACUUCGGAGGAGUCAUAGGACAGCACGCCGCAAAGAUUGCAUUAUCCAACCCUUUGAAUACAGAAACGCGUUUCUUGGUGGUUGAUAUAGAAGACGUUAUACUUACGCCAGUUAUGACAACCAACGUCAUGCCAUAUAUGCACGUUUUUGACGUUGCAACGUUCAAGGAGACAAUGAGUUCUGGAACGAACGUAAUUGGAGCCAUUGAAUUCUCUGAUGUUGCCUACGUGGACAAAAUAUUUGGACAGGUGCGAGAAAUGUGCUUGAACUAUACUUGGAUCACAACUGGAACAUUUAACUUUGACGUAGUAUUCUCUAAUAUGGUCGACAGCGUGACGUAUCCUUACACAGUAGUGGUACAGUACCCAGUGAACAAUAUCACAGCUACAGGGAUAAACGUCAUCUUUACAAGUGAUACACUUGAUAUUAUGUUUAACAUGACAGAUGAUGCCCUUUUCCCUAUGGGAAUGUUGAAUGCAUCAAUUAUUUAUGGUGAUGGUACGUCCAAAGUCUUGGAUUUGACCACUCUCUCGCCUGGAACAGCAUUUCCCGAUCCGCCGAAAACAUACGCAGCUGGCGUAUUCUUUGUAGAAAUAUCUGUCUUUUCAGAAAUUUCUCAUAUGAAUUUUUCCUGGAUACAAUACGUGGAAAAUCCUAUAAGGGAUCUUGAGUUGGUUCACGUGCUAGAAGCACCGAUGUCUGAAUCUGUCCAGAACGUAAGCCUAAGAAUGACUGAUCCUGCGGUAUCCCCCCUUCUCAACAUAACAUGUGUCUUCGACAUCGACGGCACUGAGUAUAUAGAAAUGAUAGAUUUGGUGUACGGUGUUAACUUUACUAUCAAACAUCCUUUUAUAGGCGACGGAAACAAGACUAUGACAUUCAAUUGUUCUAACAAACUGUCCAAUCAGGUAGGAGAGAGUUAUAUGAAUUUGUACACCGAUUGUUUCCUAGAUGGCCAGCUGUUCAGUUCCAUCUACAAAAGCAAGGAGACACCCGUGCAGAUGUAUGUCACUGACAUCAAUAGGUUGACAGCUAAAGCAUACGUCACAGAUAUGUGCCGAAAUAGUACGCGAUUCUAUUGGUGGACAAUCUGGAUGGUAGAUGCAUCUGAUAACCUACAUUUGCAAACAUUCUUUGAAAAGGAGUAUAAUCAGCCGAAAUCUGUCACAAUCACUUUUGGCAAGAUGACUAUGGCGCCAGGUCUCUACAAAGCGCAGUUCUUAUUUAAUCUCACGGACAUUGACGGAGGCUAUAUAAUCGAUAUGGUGUAUUUUAAUAUCAUGUUUCCACCUAUUAUUGCUGGUAUAGCAGGCGGCUCAACAAGACACGUUGCAAUGGACGCCGUUAUACAGAUCAAUUCUAAAGACGCGUCGCAUGACCCAUUUACAAUUAUGCAAUGGAAUCCGUUUAAGUACAACUGGGUUUGCCGAAAAUCAGCUUCAACGGAAGCAGAAAUGUCAGAAAUCAUUGGAAAUUUCCAGUUGCAAAAUGUGACUAUUGAUGUGAACGCUUUAGGGUCCGAUUGCACAGACCCAAGCUGGCCCACAAGUGGUGUUUUGCCAUUCGACGCAUCAACGGUGGCGGACUCCUUCUGGUACUUAUUCAAAGUAGAACUUUCUAAGAGUGGAGAUUCAAGGACAGGGGAGGCAAUUCAAGGUAUUUACGUCAUGCCGUCUACUCCACCGACCAUUUCGAUCAAUUGCCUUCGUAACUGCUUACCAAAGAUAGCUCAAGACACCAAGCUAAUCUUGGAAAGUUUGUGCCCUGUGUGUGAGCUUGGCCAAACCACCUACCUUUGGGAAAUUGAGAUUUUCAACAAGGUCACAGGACUAUAUGAAACUUAUCCGAAUUUGACAGCAAUACUAGACACAGGGCUUGAUGCAGAAACAUUGGCAAUCAAACCCAACACGCUUUCUUUCGGUGACGUAUUAAAGUUUACGAACACUGUCACCAAAGAUGGUAACCCGCAUUCUGCCACAGCAUCGUAUGUUGCUUCUGUAAACCCUCCACCCUACGGCGGCACUUGCGAAAUUGACCCGAUAAUAGGAGAAGCGGCAGUUACACUAUUCACUAUCGAGUGUCUAGGUAUGCUUGAUGAGGGAACGAGGCUCCAAAGGGGGACACCAGACUCCGACAAUAGCGAGGCUCUAAAAUACAACGUUUAUCAGAAACGGAUGACACCACAAUCAACCCAACCCGUUUUUUCUGUAAUUGGCAUGGCAUCUGAAUCCAUCGUCAAAGCAGUACUGAACGUUGGGGAUCCUGCCAAUAAUUUCACUACAGAUGUCAUUGUACGGGUCACAGAUGUAUUUCAUGGGUACACAGAAUUCGUCUUGUCAGUUACCGUGACUCAGUCUUUAUCUAUUAACGACACGUGGACAGCUGAGGAUAUCCAAGCAGCCACUCAGAGCUUUAUCAUUGACAACCUGGAGGAGGCAACCUUUUCUAACGACGCGAACAUCAUUAUGCAAUACGCCGAGACCAUUGCAUCGGUCCUUUCACAGCUUGUAUCUGACCACCAGUUCGAGAACGACACCUCCCUCACUAACUUUAAAGUUGGUGAACAGCCAAUGAGAUGGAGCGUAGGGAUGAUUGAUGUGAACGAGUUCGGUAACGACACGAUCCCUUAUCAAGAACUAUUAGAUAACUUGUUGGAGGUGCCGGUGGACAAGGUCCAAAACGCCAUUAUUGCUGCAAUGGACAAUCUGACCAAUGAGAUGACAGCAGCCCUUGGACAGGCUAAUGUUUCAACAUACUUCACCAUCAUGACUGCUGCAACAGCAUUUUCAAAUGCUAUCAAUGACCCACUGAUAACCUCAAGCGCGUCUGCGAUUAAUGCUGCCGAUGCACUGGCGACACUUACAAAUGGUUACACCAACCUCACAGAACUCAAGCUCAAUGAUUUCUUCGGAAAGUCAGAUCCAAAUAUAGAAACAGCUGCCGAGACUCUGUUUGAUCUGGUAAACAGCCUUGUUGAGGUUACAGUCCCUCCGGACCUACCGGAUACUUAUGAGGCUCUAUCCAUUGAGACUGCCGCAGAUGCACGCUUGUAUGUAGAUUUCAUGGCGCGUGUCAACAAGGACGAUGCAUACGUCCUGGCCGAGUCUUCUGAUCUGACACCGGAAGAGAGAACCGGCUUGUUCAGGAUGAGGGCUAGGAUCCAGCAGCUGACAUACAAACAGAAGCAGGAAUUGGCCGAGAUUACAAUGAGACAGGCCAUCGCUUCUUCAGACUCGAUCGCAGCCAUGCUUCAGAACUCGGUGUGUACUGGCUGUCGGGAUGACUAUGAGUAUGAAAACUUUCAUGUGACUCUGAUCAAUAACUACCUCAAAAACGUGGACCUUCAGCUUGGUGACGUAGACGACUCAAACGUCACGCUCGACGGCGUUGGGGAUCCAUAUCUAGUCAUCAAAUUCACGACGACAAUGUUUAGAAAGAAUCCGUUUAUUUUUGGAGAUACAGUGUCUGCUUCAGCGAUAACGUCAGAUGUACAUCGUGUAUCAUUGACUGACAGCGACAAUAAAGAUGUACCAGUGAAUAUGGUAAUGAUCGUACAACCAGUUCCUGGACUUGUUUCCGGAUCCUUCAUGCCUUUCUACACACCAGAUGACGCAUCACGAUGUUUCUACCACGAGUUUAUCUACAGGAAAAUCGGGGACUACGUUUGUAUACUAAUAGACCAGGAAGACCCAGAGAAGGUGAGACAGUAUGACGUAUUUAUCCGUCAUGGGGAAUACCCAACUCAUCUCACAUAUGAUCAAACUACAUACCUCGUAGCAGAUCGUGACUGGAUGUCUUGUAUAUCGCCCCAUUUUUUCUUGAAAGUUGGAAUCACUUACGUUGGACUUCGGCCUAUUCCUAUCCCAGGAAUGGCGCCGUACGAAUGGACGCCAUUGAGUGGCCCAUACGUAGGAGACUCGUACAACAUAUCUGAUCCUACCCUGAAUCCCUAUAACCUGACUAUAACUACGGCAGGCUGUAUGACCUGGGACAACAAGAAAGAAUCAUGGGGAGGUAACAAGUGCGUGAUGGACUGGUAUCCGCCUAGGUACGAGGUGGAGUGCACUUGUAAUACGGAAAGGGAAAUGACAUUUGGAAACACGUUUUAUGUUCCGCCGAAUACAAUUGAUUUUUCUACGGUUUUCCUGAAAUUCUCUCCACAAGAUCAAGCUGCAGUACUUUGUCUUCUUAUCCUAAUCAUUCUGACCUACAUCAUCCUUAUGAUCUGGGCUAGACAUCAGGAUAAGAAAGAUAUAGUCAAGUGGGGUGUGACUCCUCUAAUGGACAACAAUAUCGAUGAUACAUAUUACUACAUGGUCACUGUAUAUACGGGCAUGCGCAGAGAUGCCGGAACUCAGUCAAGGAUAGGCUUUGUAGUGUCCGGAUCAGAAGGUGACACUGGCAUACGAGAACUUUUCGAUGGAGUCCGCAGAGAAAUGGGCACCGCUACUGUCAAUCAUUUCUUGAUGUCAACGCCUCUUCCUCUUGGUGAACUCGACUAUGUAUAUAUAUGGCAUGAUAACUCCGGCGAAGGUUCUAAGGCUUCAUGGUACCUCAACAGAGUGGAUAUUGAAGACAUACAGGACAAACAAAAAUAUUUCUUCUUGUGCGGGAAAUGGCUAUGUAUGGACUCUCCAGAUGAUAAUAUAGAUGCUGUUCUUCCAGUGUGUGGUAAAGAAAAUGUAACAACAUUCGAAAACAUGUUCUAUAUGAAUACGAAGGAAAACCUUGCAGAAAACCACAUCUGGAUUUCCAUAUUUUUCCGACCGACCAGCAGUCAUUUUACUAGAUGUCAACGCGUUACGUGUUUGAUGGUUUUCCUUAUGAUGAGCAUGAUCGCAAAUGCCAUUUACUUUACCCCUGCCGAUGAAUUUGAAAACCCCAGUCUGGUGCGUGUAGGUCCUCUGAAGUUCUCCCUACAGUCCGUUUACGUAUCGGUGAUAUCAGCUCUCAUUUCAACACCCACUGUGUUUUUAGUUGUGCUUCUGUUUCGGAAGUCAAAACCAAGAACUAUCAACCAAAAUUUACAAGAUCCGGCCUUGAAGUACGCUAUACCCGCUAUCGACACGAUAGCUGAAAGAAUGCUCAAAGAGAGCAAAGAAUUAGAGAAGACACUAGUCGCAAAGGGCAUCAUAAAAGCAGACGGAACCAUCCUGCCUUUCUGGUGUGCAUAUAUUGCUUGGUUCUUGUCACUAGCGGGAUCUGCGGUAGUCAUGUUCUUUCUUAUGUUGUAUAGCAUGGAAUGGGGAAAACAAAAGUCAGAAAUGUGGCUGACGCAAUUCUUCUUAUCGUUUUUUGAAGCAUCAGCAAUUUUGGAUCCCGUUAAGGUUAUUUUGAUGGCGGCUUUCUUCGCGUUCAUUUUUACUCAACUCGACAAAUUCAAGCCUUCGCCACUAGAUCGAGGUCUGAUUUUACGAAACUACCGCCAGCGAUUUAGCUGUCCUACUGAUAUAAAGAUGCCAGCACGUUUUUUCACAACGGAAACAAUCCAGGAGGCUAGGAAGGAGAGACAACGUGAAAUCAUGAUGGCACGCGCUGUGAAAGAAUGUUUCCUGACCAUGUUACUUCUGUGGUUUAUAUAUAGCAUCAGCUUCAGUAACCGUGACGACAGAUCGUACAAUGUGCAUGAUAUAAUCUCUAAACAUUUUGUUUACCCUUUGGACAAUAAACCCACCUUCACCUCCAUUCAAACGACAGUGAAUUUUAUUGACUGGUUGAAGCUGACUGCCUUUCCAGCUCUGUUCCCUGAAUUUGAAUAUAACGGCGAGAAAAUGCAUUGGAGAUGGCGGCAGUAUUACGCUGAUCUCACCAACUUCCGGGUCGGUCCUCCACGUCUGCGACAAGUCCGCGUCAUCGAAGACGAUGCAGAUUAUCCAUUCUUUGGAAGAAUAAAAACUUAUCCUGAAUUUUCCUUCACAAACGAAGAAUCGGAUGACUUCUGUUUUCGCUGGCAACCUUUGCCUUGUGAUAUUGAAAAGGAGGCCUAUUCCUUUUCCCGCAACGGUUGGAAGCACACGAGUGCUAGUUCUAUUUGGGGAAUACCCGUAACUGGUUACUAUUCAACAUAUAGCGGAGGAGGCUACAUAACAGAACUCGACGUAAACUGGGACUUUUCAAACAGAACACUGAACGAAUUAAACCGACUUCUAUGGUUCGACAGACAGACGAGAGCUGUGUUCCUAGAAUUCACGCUUUACUCGGCAAAUCUGAACCUGUUUACGUAUGUCAUGUUAAUGGCCGAAUUCCCAGAGACUGGUGGAGUUACUACAAUGUAUACCAUAUAUCCAAUGAGAAUAUAUCAUCACCAUGGUAGUACCGGAAUUUACAUGAUAUUCUGUGAAGUCAUGUUUCUCAUAUUCUUAGCGAUGAUGAUAAUAAAGGUAAUUUACGGAAUGGUAAAGACGAAAGGAAACUUCUUCGGAAACGCGUGGAAUGUUGUAGAUUUCUUCUGCGUUAUGUUAGGAUGUCUUGGCGUUGCUAUGUACUUCGGUAGGCUUAUCCUUGCAAACGAGACGAUGGGCAAAUUCAAAGAUGAUCCAAAGAACUUUGUAAACUUUCAACACCUUGCGUUUUGGGAUCUGGUUUUUGUGACUGUAUUGGGAUGUCUUGUAUUCCUUUCUACUAUUCGAGUGGUUGGUGUGCUUGGCUACGACAAAAGAAUUGGCGAAGUUUUUAGAGUGGUAGAUAACUGUGCUAAAGACCUCUUCUGGUUCAUGGUACUGUUCUUUUAUAUAUUCAUGGGGUACUGCAUGCUGGGAUAUCUUGUGUUCGGAAGAAACAUCAAAGCCUACUGGAACAUAUUUGACACUAUGGGAACGCUCUUCAUAAGCAUGAUUGGAAAAAGUAAAUUUACGGAGCUGAAUGAACAAGAUCCUAUUAUGGCCCAGCUUUACUUCUUUACUUACAUCUUGCUAAUAGUUUAUGUUCUGCUUACCAUGUUUCUUGCCAUCCUGUGCGAAAGUAUAGCGAUAGUACAUGCAGAGACGAAGAACGACCGUUCGGAAGAACUGGUAGCUUUCAUUAUUGAAAAGGUGAAGAAAUUCUUCAGCAGAAGUAAGAAGAAACAAGAACAGAAACCCAAAGAUGAUAUUGGACACGGAAAACAAAAACCUAUUGAGCUGUUGUCGGACCUGCGCCUGAAUCUUCACGACAUUAUGAAGACACUUCCGGAAAAGGAAAGAAAUCCGUUCAUGAAAUAA